AUGGCCUUCGUCUUCCUCGUGUGCAUGUCCUCGCUCCUUGUCACUCUCUUCUCUUCCUACCUGUACCAAGUGCUGCUCCAUGGAGGCAACCGCCGCCUUCCACCUGGCCCCGUGCCGCUUCCCCUCAUCGGCAACCUCCUCGACGUCGCCAGCAGCAGCAUGCUCCCCCACCGCUCCCUGUCGCGCCUCGCCGAGCGCUAUGGCCCGCUCAUGACGCUCCGACUGGGGACGGCGCUUGUGAUCGUCGCCUCCUCCCCGGCAGCGGCGCGCGAGGUGCUCAGGACGCACAACGCCACCAUCACCGGCCGGAACUCCCCGGACGCCUGGAACGGCAUGGACCACGCCGCCAACUCGGUGUUCAUCCUCCCGCCGCGCCGCAGGUGGCGCGCGCUGCGCAGGAUCGGCGCCGAGCACCUGCUGUCGCCACGGCGGCUGGACGGCCUGCGCCCGGCGAUGCGCGCCGCCGUCCUCGACAUGCGCCGCCGCAUCGUCGCCGUCUCGGAGUUGCCGGUUGAGGUCGGCCGAGUGGUCUUCGACGCCAUGGCGGAUUUCAUGUGGCGGGCAUUGUUCUCGUCCGGUCUGGACGCUGACACGCUGCACGAGCUGCACGGCGUCGCGCGGGAGGCCGCGCUCCUGGCCCUGAAACCUAACGUCUCCGACUUCUUCCCGGCGCUCGCUGCCCUCGACCUACAGGGAGUGCGGCGGAGUAUGGCGAGGCAGCUGGGAAAGGUCUACAAGCUCAUCGACCAUGAGAUCGACCAGAGGAAGCGCGGCGGUGCCGGCGAUGAGCACACGGCCGACGAUUUGCUGGAUGUCAUACUCGACAUGUUGCAGCAAGAAGGCAAGUUCGACGGGGUGCUCAUGAUGAACAGGGACGCCAUGAGGGCAUUUCUCACGGAUUUAUUUCUGGCCGCCAUGGACACUGUCACAGGUGCAAUUGAGUGGGCAAUGGCAGAGUUGCUACAAAAUCCAGAGGCCAUGAAGAAGCAAAAAGUGGAACUUAAUAGUGUUCUUGGCUCAAAGACAUAUGUUGAAUACACCGACAUCGAUAACCUCCCCUACCUUCAAGCAGUCAUCAAAGAAACUCUGCGGCUGCACGCAGUUGUGCCAUUGGUGCCCAACAAGGCCGAGGACACAGUAGAAAUACAGGGGUACACCAUCCCCAAGGGAAGCACUGUGAUAGUUAAUCUGUGGGCGAUCCAUCACAGUGCUGAGGUGUGGACCGACCCAAGCAAGUUCAUCCCUGAGAGAUUCCUGUGCAAGGAGUUCCAUUUCCAAGGGACAGACCACUUUGAGUUCAUGCCGUUCAGUGCGGGAAGGCGCAUUUGCCUCGGAUUGCCGCUCGCGAACAGGAUGCUGCAUGCAUUGCUAGGCUCACUGUUGCACCACUUUGAGUGGACACUGCCCCAGGAUGCCAUGGAAAACGGCCUAGAUAUGUCGGAGAAGCUUGGGUUAACUAUGUCCAUGGCUACCCCACUGCAGGCUAUAGUGAAGGGAAUGUGAUGCCUCAUGGUACAUGUAGCUACCAUCCUACUAUGCAGGUCUGGGAGCGUUUCAAGACAUUAUAUGGCUCUAUCCUUCAAGAGCAGACUCCCCUUUUCUUUUCUUUUCUUUUUUGCAUUAUAUAUAUGGCAAGAAAAAUAGAAAAAAAAAAUGUUAGAAUCAGGCUCCAUUGACCAAGAAGUUUGCAAUAUAAUAAUUGUAUCAAAC